CGCAGUUCGGCUCCGACGGCCCGCAGGCACGGACGCGCGGUUCCAACGAACAAUAUUACAAAAUAAAUAUAUUUUGUCUUUGAAUGUUUUAAAAAAUAACACUGUGUACUAUUGCGGUCCGUGCGAGUUUUGGUGCCCAAAUUAGAGCGAUGUCGUCGUGCCGUAUGGCGGCGUGCGUGGCUGCGCUGGCGGCGGUGAGCUGUGCUCUCCCGCACACGGUGCUCGCUCUUGACCUCAACAGGCUGUAUGGGCAUCAUACUAAGCGCUCUGGUCAUGCUCUCAGCGAAUACUGUCACCCUUACGAGCCGUUCAAGUGUCCAGUGGAUGGCAACUGCAUCUCCAUACAGUACCUGUGUGACGGAGCUCCUGACUGCAUCGAUGGAUAUGAUGAGGACUCCAAGCUUUGCACUGCUGCCAAGAGGCCACCUGUUGAAGAGACGGCAUCGUUUCUCCAAUCAUUACUGGCUUCCCACGGGCCUAACUAUCUGGAAAAGUUGUUUGGAAGUAAGGCGCGAGACGCUCUCGAACCACUAGGCGGAGUCGAAAAGGUCGCUAUUGCGCUCUCAGAAUCCCAAACGAUCGAAGAUUUUGGCGCCGCACUACAUCUGAUGAGGUCGGACCUGGAACACCUACGCUCUGUAUUCAUGGCAGUGGAGAACGGGGAUCUAGGCAUGCUCAAAUCACUCGGCAUCAAGGACUCGGAGCUCGGCGAUGUUAAAUUCUUCCUGGAGAAACUGGUGAACACCGGAUUCCUGGACUGAAUAGGACCGGAGUCUGCCUCUGAUUACUAUCACGUCGUCCAAUUUGCCCCGAUAAGCUCAUCCUUCUACAGUUACCUUCCUUACGACUCCAUUAAAUAUAGGAGAAAGUAAAUCAUACCCUUUACACUUCUGUCCCGCGAGAUUGUUGAAUGUCUGUGUACUACAAAAAUGAAAACCCUUUCAAGAAAUAAUUUUGGAAUUCAGAAUCGAUUUCUACAACCGGCCACGUAGACUUUUCUGAAACUAAAAAUCAUUUCUUUUGGAGUAGAAUCACUUUUGCUUACAGUGAAUCUUUAGGUAGAGAAAGAGGGUAUUAAUUUUCGAUUAGGAUAGGUAUAUUUUUAUAUACAUAUGCUUCUUUAGGUUAUAAACCAAAAUUCUUUUUAAAUUUAUAUUUAUUAAGAUUAUCAGGGCCCACCACUCGCGUCUAUCAUUAAGUGUGAAAUGAAAAGAGGCUAAGACUGUGACUUUAGUAUUAUACUGGUCAAAGUUAGGCUAAUUAUCGCAUCUCACUUCAUGAUGACCCUGAUAACUUACAGAAUGUAUGUGGUUUUUGAAUGUCGCCCCCUAAAAUUUAUCCUUCCUUACUUGGACUUAUAUCAGAGGCGACUCCAUUGAAACGUCAAGCGUCCAUUCUAAGCGAGAUAUAAAGCUAAAAGUUGGUUGAUAUGAAGAUGUGUGUCCUUAGAUUAAUAAAAAAUAUAAGAAUCGUUGAAAGAAUGCAUACGCUUUAUAUCUGGCUUUUGGAAAAAUCCAGAAUAGGACCAUGGAAACAUAUCAUUGUAAACUUAGAUGUAGGUAAGAAAUACAUAUCAUAGAUUAUAAUCUGUAGCGAAUAAAGUACAAUUAUUUUAAUAUGAUCGGUAUUGUAGUGUACGACAUUUUAUAGACCCUUUUAGUAGGUAUGUUCUUUUUCGCCAUUGAAAAGAAUACUAUCAAAAUAAAAAGCAUAGUUAUAACGGUGCUGCACUUGAAUCCAGAUACAUAUCAAAAUUAAUGUGAUUAUUAAAUAAAUGUUAGAUUUAUUGUAUGUUACUUAUUCUAGAGUAAGAAGUAGCAAAAAAAAAUAACAUCGUAGAUAUAAAAUUCGAACCCAUUAGAUUCCAAAUUCUAUCGUCACUCAUUUUUAACAUCUUAAAUCUACAUAUUGGUGUUGUAAUGAUAGAACUUUUGUCAAAUGCGGGCUAAUAAGACAACGAAUUAUUAAUAUAAUGUCUCAUUUCGAAUGAGAGGAGUAAGGUACACGAUGUAAUAUUGGAUGUUCAUUAAGACAAAUCACACAAAAUAACGCAUAGUUUUUUGCAUAAGCGUAACGCUUUAUUUUUUAAUUACUAAAGUAAGCACACUUACAACGGUGCCAGCAGAUGUAUUGCAUAAUACACUGACAUUUGAACAAAUGGCGGGAAGGAAAAGGAACAUGGCCGUUAUUAAUUCGCAAUGUUGCCAGAUAAAAAAAUAAUAAACAUGCAGCCUGUAUUUGUCAGAAGUUUAUAUACGCCACAAUGAAUCUUCUAGUAUUUUCAGUCGCCAAAUUUUAGUCUCAAUCACAAUGUUUCAGUGUGUACCUAUCAGUAGUAAAUAUAUUCUCUCUCCGUUAGAUCUAAAAUUCAUGUUACUAUUUUAACUAAAUGUAGUUAGCAUAAGUAAAUUUUUAUGAAUAUCAAUGGUUUUAGUGAUAUACCUAGGUUAUUAAUUUUAACUUGCGUCGGAUUCUCUUAAUAUGCAACAAAAUGGCGAUCUUUGAACUCUGUUAGAUGAUAUUAUGUGUUUUGAACUAAGUAUAAAUGGCUUAUUGUUCUUAAAUAACAAACCAAUAAAUGAAUCAUCUUGAA